AGGCAGCUACAGUUGUCCUCAGGUCCUCGGUCUCAGCUAUGGCGCCCCCCAGCGGCCCCGAAACCACAUUGCCGGAUUAUAAGAGCGCGCCGUGUCGCUCGCGCCGCAGUUGUGGAUGAGUGGAGGGAGAAGAGGCGCGUGUGUGAAGGAUGGCGGAGCUCUGAAUCAGUUUGGACCAAAAAAAAAAAAAAAAAAAAAAACAUCAGAGGGGUAGCAACGGAAAGAAAAUUCACCCCAUAAGCAAGCACAGGGCAUCGGCCUCGCUCUCCAGCUGCCAGCAUGAUGAAAGACUGCCUGCAGUUCCUAAUCGAGCCGGCCAAGAAGCUCAAGAUCCGUCUGAAGGAGUCUCGUAAGAGAGUGAAGCUUGAGAAGAAGGAGCCUCUGGUGGAAAGUCAGUUAUUUAUCAUGGAGCUAGCUCGGGAACUCAACAAGAUUUGCCAGAGGUCAAACGUCCUGGGCCACAUCUGGACCAGCGAGGACGUCUGGCCGGCCAGCGUGUGUCGCGACUUCAUCGUGGAGUGGGCCGCGGUGCUGGAGAAAAAAGUCCAGUGUAAGAUCCUCCCAUCUGAAUACCAGUACGAGAAGCCGGAGAAAAGAGACUGGAAGGGACACCUCCUUUGCAUGCUGGAGUCGGGGGGCGAGUACGACAUGGGCCCCCACAAGAGGGUCAUCAUGGACUGGACGCGGGAGAUUAAAAGCGGACCUCAGCCCACCGUGUGGCCCGGCGAGCCCGUGCUCAUGAUGCUGGACGACCUGGAGUUCCAGUGGAAGAGGGGCCGCCUGCCCAGCCUCCUCCCGGCCAUGGAGCUCGUCAUCCUGGCCGUGCUGAACGCCGACAGCCCCGUAAAGGAGGACGUAACAAAGCAGUGGCUGGUGAAGAAGCAGAGGAGCCAGAGGAUCGACGCAGUCCGCUACAUCCCUCACAGCGUGUGGAAUUGGAUUUGCGAUGCAGCAGAGGACGUCAGCCUGGACCCGGAAUCCGCCAACCCAGACCUGCUCAUCUCCGGCGACGAGAAGCGCAUGCGGUGCGGCCUGGAGCGCUGCGACGUCCCGCGGAGCCAGCGGCGCUUCGACGGCUGGUGGUGCGCGGCGGGCCGGGAGGGCCACGCCUCCGGGCGCCACUACUGGGAGGUGGAGGUGGGCGAGCGGGACUGGCGGCUGGGCGUGGCCGCGGCGUCCGCCGUGAGGCAGGGCUACCGCUCGCUCAACACUGAAACGGGAUACCUUACCCUCCGUCUGGAGAGGGGCACGGAUCUGAAGGCCCUGACGGUGCCUGCCACCCCUUUGCCCCAGAGCCCGGUGCCCAGGAAAGUCGGGGUGUAUCUGGACUAUGAGGAGGGCCAGUUGUCCUUCUACGACGCGGAGAAGCGCUCACACCUGUACACCUACAACGAGAGGUUCACGGAGGAACUGUACCCCGUGUUUGGGACUGUGGAGGUGGUCAAAGACCUGGUGAUCAGGCCCGCGAACGCGAGACAGCCGUGCCUCUGCCCCGGGCCCUGCCUCUGGAACUGAAACCGCUUCGCCCCUCAGUCCUGGUCCUGGUCCUCAGCAGCCCACGGAGCGUGUGCUUUUAUCCUAGUCAGUCUGAGUUGUGUGUGCCGGUCCUGGACUUAAAAAAGUCUUUCUGUGAGGUGCCUCCUGGGAUCAAGAACAAGAACCGCCGUUAAUCUGCGUUACUCUUUCUGUUACUCUGCCUUCAUGGAGACACACAGGGUCAAUAUAUAACUGAGGGACUCUUGAAGUCCAUGGGAUAUAGCUUGCAUAAAUGUUUUUAUGUUCCUUUUUUUUCUCCACAUCCAUAAUUAUUUAUUAUGGGCAAAUAAUCUCUUAUUAAUAAGACUAUAUAUCACUAAAAUUAGAUAACAAAAUUAAUAACAACCACCUUCUAGUUAGCUCAACAGUAAUAAAAGGAGCUCAUUCAGGAGCUUAUUAUCUGUGUCCGAGAAACCGCUUUCAACUAAGUUACCCGUUACAAACACGUGACAUUACACAUUCAAGGAAGUUGUGUUAAAUUUAAAUCACGUGACCUGGUCCAAGGUACGUUCUUCCUCCUCUUUCUUAGCUAUUUAAUAUAAAGUCGUGCGUGAGUCACGUGUGGAUUCAUCGCAUGUCAACAGUGUUACUACAAUACAUUUAUAAACAACUUUCAAUUUCAAUUUUCUCACCACGUGAUGAUUGACAUGCGGCCAUGUUGAUUUUAGGCCUGAAAGCAGCCAAAAUGCGAUUAGCCGCGUUAAACUCCGAAAGUCCCGCGGUUGUAUAUUGACCCCACAGUAUUUGUAUUGUAAAGGUGAAUAUUUUAAUGGUGUCAGGUGAAAACGUCAAAUAUCAGAUUAGUUUCAGCCACAGAGCUUUUUGUCGCUCCGUCCGUAAGGUUUCAUUCAGGAGUCCUCAAAGGAAGGGGUCUUCUGUGAUAGGGAAAUGUUUUUUAUUACAAUUUGUAUUACGUAUAGAUGGAAAAACAAACUUUACAAAUGUUGCAGCAUGAAGACGCUCUUUACGGCUGUGUGACCAUGCAGCCACUUCCUCAGCGCAUUCAAAGAGCGGAGCUGAGCUUAAUAACACACGCAGGCCAAUAAUUACAGACCGGGCUGCUGCAUGUCAAUAGUGGAUUCUUGCUCUGUUUGAUUCUUUGUCUCAGGCUUCCUGCGAGCAUUUGUCAGGCAUGAACUUGUUUUGCAACCGUAUUUUUGUGAAAUAUAAAUUCUCCCACGUCAAUAAAUUAAUGUUAAGUACUCUUCUUGUCUUUAGUGGUUAGAUCGUUUAAAUUACACACAGUACAGUGCAUUCCCUUUUUAUUUUAUAAUCUUUAUUAAGUGCAAUAGAUGUGUUGUACAAAAAAAAACUGAAAUGAAAAGAAGCAAAAAAAAAAAAGUAAAAGUACGUGGUACAUGUCGAUGAAAAUUACGCGAAUGUGGUUCCUGGUGAAAUGGUUCGUCCACUCCUGUUUAUCGCUUAAAAGUGUUCUCUUAAAAUAUGUUUUCUAAAAAUAUUAUGGACUUAAUGUGAAGGCAGAAUACAGCAGGACUUUCAUUAAGAAGCAAGUACAAUCUUUCCGUCUUUGCACACCACCUCUCCUCUGUUCAAAUGUGAAUGGACCUUACAAAGUAAAGAGAAAAACACCAUCAUGUGAAAGUCAAGUUUACCAUUAACAGGUUUUGAUCAUGUAUUGUGGACUUUUUUCUUAUCAGCAGGAAAUCAAGGCACAAAUGCAAACGACCUCUAUAUUUAGUUCAGUAUCAGUUUGCUAAAGUCUUAAAAAGUAUUAAAUAUGCUUGAAAAAAACAAAAAAACAUUAUCACUCUUUAAUAUAAUA